AUGGAUUCUGCGUCUCCCUCGCCCGCAUUGGCUCCACGACAUCCCCCUGAAGGACUAUCUACGGGUCUGCAAUACUCGCCGUUAGAUGUACCUGGAGCACAGAAUGUUGCACCGCAGUUGGGUAUGAAGACUACUGAUGCUGAAGGUUAUUCUUCGGAGUCAAAAUUGACAUCGAGUGCUAGCUCUAGACACUUUGACAUGGGUGGACCGCAAAUGCAGAAUUGGAUGGCUGCCGAGGGCAGUCCUAAUCCCGCAACAAGACCGCUUGACUCGAACGCGUCCUGGAGAGCCUAUGCAGGCACCGAUUCUCCCAUUACACCGUCCUUCUCGCCAUACACACCGAAUGCACCAAACCCACCAGCAGGCUGGGCCUCAGCGUCAAACUCCGAACACGGCGUUCGGGAAGACAUACCCUGGACGGCCUACGCCCCCGCUCCACCUCGAGCUGUGUCUUAUAGCAGCGAAAGUCACGUUUCUCCGCCGUACCAGUCGAUUCAGCAACAUGGACGGCCGUUUGAGCGAACGGGACACAAUGUGCCUGCUGACAUGUACCCUCAGUCUGUGCAGACCAAUGUUACUGUUUCCGGAAGUGGCCCGGCUUCCACCAUGACGCAAGGAGGCUCGGUUCCUGGUGGUGUUCUGCCAUCAAACAAUUACGGAUCGUGGCAACAGCAAUAUCAAUUUUCGAGACCGUCUGGAGAAGGUUACGGGAAUUGGGCGUACGGCGACCAAGGCUCGCACCCAUCUGUUCAUCCAAGUGAACAGAUACCAACAUCCAAUGACCACCCUGCGCAACCCGUCGGCAUGUAUUACUCGGGUCGGUAG